GGCACCCAGCAGAACCGCCAACAACCUCAGGACCCACCGCUCACAACUUCGCCAAACUUUGACAUUCUGGACUGGCACCCGGCAUAUGAAUCAUGCCAACGUUACUUUCUCGACCACGCCCAGCAUGAAGCCGGUACCCAAGCACUGUGCGCCUUGAUCAACAUCCGAUUGCCCUUCCAAUGGCAUCAGAAUCCUGUCAUAUCAUCAGAUCCAGGGACCAGUCCUGCCUCUGGAGGCCCCUCCUUCAACUUCAAUCAAUGGUCACGACCGAACUCCUCAGCAAACGGUCGCAAUUCGCAACAUGCAUCCGCUUUUGUAUCUCUAGUUCCUUAUGUACGACGUCUCGUCAUUACUGGAUUCGACAAGCCUGGCAUUUUGCACGGCUUCUUUGGCGACGCAUAUCAAGCAGGCAUUACACCCAUGCAAGACUGCGAGCGCCGCAAUUAUCUCUUUUGCGCCAAACACGGCGGCUGGCGUACCUGCAAGAAGCAAUACGACAUGAACCCCGAAGAAACUGUUCCUUUCUUGAAGCCGCUGCAGAGCAUUCGUGAUGAGGAGUUGGAUGCUGCAGAGAAGAGCUGGAGUUCGUGGUUGGCCAUGGAGGAUUGGAUGAUUGGUCCUCGAGCACCGGAUGAGGAGACUGCACCGGAUCAAUCGAAUCAGCGUUCG